GUUCCGCUUGGGCAGCUUACACCCCAGCGGUAUGAAUUUUGAAUUCUCUCAUUUCAAGUAAUCCCCUGUAUUCCCCCCUCUCUCUGUCCCUUCCCCAUCCUAGUCAUCUUGGUAGUUUCACUGUCCGUAUCACCUCGUUAUCUCUUCUUGCACAGUCAUCAAUGGACCGUUAUAGCCUCCGCAUUUUCUUGGUUGUUGGUGCUGGCUCCGAUUUAUUCUGUACCUUUCCCUACCUCUAGUUUCCCUCAAGGGAGAGACUCUUAGUCUGAAGAAGGGUCCCCAUCUGAAACGUCACCUAUUUGUUUUCUCCAGACAUGCUGCCUGUCCCGCUGAGUUACUCCAGCAUCUUGUGUCUAUCUACCUUCAGUGUAAACCAGCAUCUGCAAUUCAAGUUCCUACACAUUUUGCAUCCAAUACAACAAAAAUAGGAGACGUAAGGAGAUGGAGGAUUCUUCCCCUCCAUUAUCAGGAUGUCUUCCAAGAGACCCGCGUCUCCGUACGGAGAAACAGACGGAGAGGUGGCCAACGCGACCAGCCGACAGAAAGUGGACGAGGGAGAGAGUGACGGACACUCUGCCUUUCACCUUGCCCUUCCCCCGAACUUUGCCAACAACCUUCACCCGGAGGAACUACACACCCCGUCCACGAUGACCAGAGAGGCUUUGUGUUGCGAGAGCCCAGCGUCUCUCCACGACACACCGGAUCACGAGGACAACAAGUCAGCCUCUCUGUUCCCCACACACAACUCAUCUACCUCACCUCUGAAGGCUGAAGAAGGGGCCCGACAGGGCGUGGAGUCGGGGCCCGGCACGGUGUUGGGGACGCCGGAGAGACGCAAAGGCAGCCUGGCCGAUGUGGUGGACACGCUGAAGCAGAAGAAAAUGGAGGAACUCAUCAAGAGUGAGCCAGAGGAAACUCCGAGCAUCGAGAAGCUGUUAUCAAAGGACUGGAAGGACAAGCUUCUCGCCAUGGGAUCAGGACACAUCGGGGAGAUUAAAGGGACCCCUGAGAGCCUGGCGGAGAAGGAGCGGCAACUGAUGGCGAUGAUCAACCAGCUGACCAGCCUGCGGGAGCAGCUGCUGGCGGCGCACGACGAGCAGAAGAAGCUCGCGGCCUCGCAGAUCGAGAAGCAGCGGCAGCAGAUGGAGCUGGCCAAGCAGCAGCAGGAACAAAUAGCAAGGCAACAACAACAGCUGUUACAACAACAACACAAGAUCAACCUCCUUCAGCAACAGAUCCAGCAGGUCCAAGGUCAGUUGCCCCCGCUGAUGAUCCCUGUCUUCCCGCCGGACCAGAGAGCGCUGGCAGCCGCCGCAGCCCAGCAGGGAUUCCUCCUGCCGCCAGGAUUCUCCUACAAACCCGGGGGAUGCAAUGAACCUUAUCCUCUCCAGCUUAUCCCCACGACAAUGGCUGCAGCUGCAACCCCAGGACUUGGCCAGCUCCAGUUACAGCAGCUGUACGCGGCACAACUUGCAGCGAUGCAAGUGUCUCCAGGAGCCAAGUUGCACAGCAUGUCGCAGUCCAGUCUAAGCAGCGCGCUAUCACCCAACAACGUCCAGGCGGAGAAAGGAAGGAACACGCCUCCGCCCAAGGGCAAGGAUGAGGUGACACAGCCGCUCAACCUGUCGGCCAAGCCCAAGGCGUUUGACCCCACCAAGUCGCCAGCUUCACCGGGCUCACCGCCUAUCUCCGCCCUGAAGGCCAGCUCCGGACACCACAAGCCUCUCAUGUCCGCCACGCUGGGCAGCACACCCGGCAGGAUGACUUCUAUAGACAUCCUCUCCUCCAUCACGUCCUCGGGCUACCUGAACGACCACGAGGCCAUGGCCAAAGCCAUCCAGGAGGCCCGGCAGAUGAAGGAACAGCUCCGCAGAGAGCAGCAGGCACUCGACGGGAAGGUUGCAGUCAUUAACACUCUUGGACUCAACAACUGCAGGAUGGAAAAGAUAAUUUCAAUGGGGAGAAAUAGUAUUGUGUGCAGCACAAUGGAUGCACUGGUUAGUAAAAGAAGGGUGCAUGAUAAAACAUCACUGGAAAAUCUCGCCCAACAUCUGUCUGAGAAGAGACCAGAAGAUGGCAAGUUUGGACAUGCGAUGGUGGACUUUAACCUAGCUGCAGAAUCAGAUGGAAGCGCGGGAGUUUCGGAGCCCAGGAUUUACCGGGAAGCAAGGGGCAGGAGCAGCAACGAGCCUCACAUAAAGCGGCCGAUGAACGCCUUCAUGGUCUGGGCCAAGGACGAGAGGCGGAAGAUUCUGCAGGCGUUCCCCGACAUGCACAACUCCAACAUCAGCAAGAUCCUAGGCUCUCGUUGGAAGGGUAUGACGAACCUGGAGAAGCAGCCGUACUACGAGGAGCAGGCCCGGCUCAGCAAGCAGCACCUGGAGAGAUACCCCGACUACAAGUACAAACCGCGGCCAAAGCGCACCUGCGUGGUGGACGGCAAGAAGCUGCGGAUCGGAGAAUACAAAGCCCUGAUGCGUAACCGGCGCCAGGAAAUGCGACAGUUUUUCACUGUUGGGCAGCAAGGCCAGAUCCCCAUUGCCACGGCGGGAGUGGUGUACCCUGGAGCCAUGGGCAUGGCGGGCAUGCCCUCGCCCCGUCUCCCGUCCGAGCACUCGAGCAUGUCCAGCAGCCCCGAGCCCAGCAUGCCCGUCAUCCAGAGCACUUACAGCCUCAAGUCGGAGGAGGGCCGCGGCCGGGAGGAGCUGCGUGUGGGGGCGGUGAACGGCGGCGGCGGCGGCGGCGUCUUUGACGAGUACGAGGACGAGGACGAGGACGACCCCGACGCCGACUACGGCAGCGAGGAGGAGAAUCACGUGGCGUCCCACGCUGACUGAGCGGGCAAGGCCCGGCGGCGGCCAACACACAGUCAACGUCGGCCCGUCUCACGCACGCACGCACGCGCCAACAACACGGGGGGGGGGGGGG